AGGGGCUUAUUUAUACGCCAUAAGGCGCCCACGCGACCUCGUCUUGCUCCAGUGGAUCGUGAAAACAGGAGUUUCUCCAGUUGGGGACGAGUCCAGGGGGUGGAUUCAUGCCUUCCUGAGUGUCUUCACCGGAUGUUCCGGGGGUCUUACUGUCUUCGGUGAGGGUUCGGGAGGGAAUCAACGGAUUGGUCUAGUCUACAGUGUUUCGUGAUAAAAACUAGUGCUUCAAAAGUUGAUUAAAAUAAAAAAAACAAUGUCUUCAAGUGUGAACACGUGAUUUUUUUAUUUUAAACCGUGAGCAAUCGAGGAAAACUAGAUUUAUUAUUCUUUGAAUUAGAGGUGCGAAUUUUUUAGCGUUAAUUAGUGUGAUUAUCACAAUGAGUGGAUUCAAACGCAUGCAGAGCCGAGUGUUCUGGGGCCACAUGGAGGCUCAAGAUCUGGAUAAAACGCCUCUCCUUGGGGGCACAUCCUCCCGACUUCUUCAAACUUCUUACUGCAAUUUCGGUCGUGACACUGACACUGAGAAAGACAGUGACACGAGUCGCGAAGGUGAUGAACUAACGGGCAACAGUAUGAGCAUGAACAUCACAGCUAUUAGGAUAAACGAAGUGAUCGAGGAGGGCUCGGAGGUUCAGCUCCGAACGUCAAUAGAGGGAAGUUUGUUGGAGGUACCCGAGGAUGUCGAGGACAAUGUCGAAGAGAUCGAAAACCCCGGAACGGGGAGUGCAGUGGAGCAGUGCUGCAGAUCGUCUGGCCAGCAGUGUCAAGGUCACGGGAGUUUGGACUCGGGAUUCUCGGACUCGGAGAGGUCCAAGAGUCCGGAUAUCAUGGACAAUGGAGCCCCGAGGAGGCAGAGGAGGAGGCGGAGGCGGUCGAGGGACAGGCCGAGGGUGAACCCGAGGGUGAAUGCCCUUUUCCGGGAACACGAUCUUCUCCACACGUCGACGCCGAAGAGAGAGUUCCCUGGGGCGAGGUCGAGGCAGAGUAUGAUGUUCACUAGUGACGAGGAACGAGAACUGUUAUCUCGCAGGAUUGAAGAAGAAAGGGAGGAAACCGCGAUUCGACCUGGCGAUGUUAUCCCUCAGGAGGAGGAGUGUCUAGGAGACUUCCUCUAUGCACAAGAGCCCCCAGAGGAUGACAUUCCCACGUCGUCAAGCACGUCGCGAGGCUCCACCCCGUCGUUCGCAGGGCCUUGGUACUCAAGGCUCUCGAAUGAACGUUCAGGGUCGAGUGGAAGCAGCCCGAGGAUUUCGAGUGAGGCAAGGUGCCAGGAGUCUGUAAAGGUGUGGCUGAGGGACCUCGCUGAGGACUACGAGCCCGAGUGCUGUGUUGCAUUGCAGAGUAAGGCCCUGCCGAAGAGAAGGGAGCAGAAGGAGACGAGUGAGGAGAGCCAAUCGAGGGAUUUGAGACUGAUGACUGCUACCGCCACUGCUGCAGCUACGGAGUUAAUUAUUAGGGCUGAUGGAUUCUCAAAACAUAUUCGGGAUGUCAUUGACAAAGUGUCACAUUUAGAAAGUGGAAGAUCGGAGCGAGAGCUCCUGCGUUCGAUUGAAGAAGAGGCAUUCUCACUCUUAUCAGAGCUAGGAGCUCCACCUCCUCGAAGGAUCCACGAAGGAAGUCUGCGAUCAAUUCUGUCUCAACUAGAAUCCCUCGAAAACGUCGUGAACUGCACCGUAAACACUCGUCUGGACUUCUACAUCGAGAGAGUCGUGAGAGGUCUCGAAGACGCUCCAGAGGAGACCGGAAGUGCAGCGAGAGGAGCGCUGGCUGCGCUAACAGCCCUCGGCCUCGCAGGCACACGAGCAGGGAGCAGCAUCGCCAGGUGCGCAGGGGUCCGCGCCCUCCUGACAUCCCUAAUCUCAGCUGGGAGACUCUCCAGCGAACUUCGUGCCUCCACUCUCCGCGCCCUCUCCAGCGUCUGCUGCUGUCCCCUAGCCAUCAAUCGCUUCGUCAAAGAGGGCGGCCCGGAGAUCCUCGUGGACCUGCUCGCAUCAAAGACGUCCCCCGAGAAGGAGAAGAUGGAAGCGGCGGCCCUAGUCGUUCAGAUAACGGCUCCGUGGACUGAUGCCCUGGGUCUCCGUCAUCUGGAGCCCUUUGCCAAUAUCCUAGUGGACAUUCUGACGUCCCUAGCUGAGGAGACCAAGUGCGGACAGACUCUCCUGCUCUCGGCAGCUGCUCUGAAUAAUCUCGGAGACUCGAAAAAAUGUGUUUACUCUAUCGUGAAGUGCGAUACCGUCCGGAAGCUCUUGAAAUGCGUCAAGAAGUCAGUUGGAGGGAGCAUUUGGCUCAUGGAGCAGGUCGCCUCGCUCGUGGGUAAACUCGCGAAGAUUCCAGACGUCAGGGGGCACCUGGCGAAGGCCAGGGCUUCUGUCGCACUCGUCUGCUUCCUCAGGAUGGCUCCCCCGGGACUCGAAGAAGCUUAUCAGAGGCUCGCGGUCACUGCAGCUGCAGCUCUCACACGACUCUGCGUCGAUCCUGAGAUUGCGAAACAAGUUGUGGCUGUUGGUGGGGCUGAUUGCCUUCCCAAUUACAACUCCGAGGAGGGGGAGGACGAGGAGGAUCAGGUUGGUCUGCUGAGGUACACCAGGAGUCUCAGAAUUGCCUGUAGAAAGGCUGCUAAACACAUCGAUGAGGCCAAGGCAUGCGACUAUUCGAUGUGAAUCAGGAUUAGUCAUUGA